GUAUUAACAUUCGCUGAAGUUCCUUUGCUUUUUUCACUUUUUUGUUGUAAUUUCUUCUCACUUUACGCGUGUGGCUUUCUUUUGUUAGCCUUUCGAGAUGCCGUGGCCUGCGUCAGAGAGACUCCGACAGACUUCGGACAGCGACUAUCACUCCGCGAGUGACGGUAGCUUAUCGCCUGAACACACUGAGGAGAUAAGCCCAGAUGCCUCAGCACAGCCUGCACAGAAACCCCAGGAGCCAGCAAACGCCAACGAAGACGGAGAACUGUAUCUUGUGCAGGAGUUUUGUGAGGCGGUGGGGCGACCGGACCGGGAGGUUGUCCCUGGCAAGGUGGUUUCCAACGAGAUGCUUGUACGGGUCUCCAAGCGCGCCACGCAUGUGUUGAUGCGGGGGACAAUUGGGUCACUGGUCGACCCCCUGCGCUGUCCGUUCGGACUUGAAGAGGGCGCUGUGGAGGCCUGUGUCACCUUCCGCGCGGGCAUGCCGCAAGGGCUGAAGGCGCACUUGGAGCGCGUCCAUGGAAUGCACAAGGUGCAGCUGAAUUUCGCCUGUCCGUGUCCGGCCGAGUUCAACGACGGCGCCGACUGUCCGUUCGUGCAGUUCGACCCCUUCGGAGACAUUUUGCCUGACCACAUCCGCGAGCACCACCCCGUAUACAAGGAGCGCGUCAUGGAGGCGCUGUAUAAACAACGCAGCAAGAAGUUUGGGGAGAAGUACCGCGAGUUCCUGCGCACGGGCAAGAGCCAGACUUUUCCGGAGGGGACGAGUAAUCUGGGCAGCCUGUGGCCCAGCCAGAUCAUCGCCGACAGGAUCAUCAUCCCCACCCGUGUUGAUAAGAAUGGGCAAGUGCAGUACGUCUGCAAGAUCGACGCGUGUGCCGCCAAGAAGGACGGCCAUCAAAUCCCUUCCUCCUACCACAUGUUUGCGCAUUUGAUGAUGCAGCACCGCGGGCGGUGCGCCGCGCUUGCCACCCAAGUGUACCACGCCUGCGCCGACCCGGAGUGCCUUGUGCAGCUGUUCGAGCCCUACCACCUGAUGGACAGCCACAUCAAGGCCGCGCAUCCGCACCUGUUAGGCCUGGCGUACAAGGAGACCGCCCUGCAGGAACGCGCCAAGCUGGAAGCUCUCGUGAGGGGGCAGUGCAUCGGGGAGGCGUUGAACACUAGCGUGGACAGCGAGGAAUCGGAGGACAGCUACCUCUUCCACUUCACCUGCCCCGUCCAGGGCUGUCGGGUCUGUCAUUCCGAACGCGACUACAUGCUGUGGCACAUCGGCGCUGACCACGAGAAAGACUGGAAUGUUCAGCCGGUGAAUGAUCAGUAACGACACCCGGGUCCGUGCCACCGCCGACCGCGCCUCCCCCUUCUGUCGAUUCUCAAUUUCUCGCUCACAGCCUGAUGGUGGAUCCAUUUUACGGAAUGGACUGCCUUUUCCCUUUGGCUGUUUUUUUUUUGAUAUUUUUUCUUAUCACUUUUUCUGUAGCGCGUUAGGGCGUUGUAUGUCCAUUUUUGUCGAACUGUGUUGUUCUUUGAGAGUGGUAAAAAAAUUGCUAUGGAGUACUUGGAACAAAACUGAUAUUGCUGUAGUUUAACAGGCAACAGCCAUAAAAUAAUCACACUUCUCUGUCAAAAUAAUUUGGACAUUAAA